AUGUCUCCCUCAACCUUCACUCGUGCUGCUUUCGCAGCUGGGCUUCUGGCCUCUGGCGUCUCUGCAGUUUUCAAUAACGCCGCUAAAACAAACAUCGCUGUGUACUGGGGACAAGGAAACGAUCAGAUCCCACUUUCCGAGGUCUGCGCUGAUCCUAAAGUCGACAUUGUCAACAUCGGCUUAGGUUCAUACCCAGGAAGCAACCACGCCAACGCAUGUGGUAGUGAUGUUUAUUACGAUCCGGUCUUGAAGCAGGACAGCAAGCUUUACAGUUCAUGCCCUGGCGUAGGUGAAGCCAUCACUGCUUGCCAGAAGAGCGGCAAGAAGGUCAUGCUCUCGCUCGGUGGUGGCUGGCCUACAAACUACUAUCUGCCAUCACCCCAAGUCGCUGAAUGGUUCGCUGAGUUCUUGAUCAAAGCCUAUGGCGCUCCCACCGCUGCCUGGAAGGCGGCUGGGAGGCCUCGUCCCUUCGGUGAUGCGGUCGUUGACGGCUUUGACCUCGAUCUCGAAGCACAAACCUACGACAUGCCUUCGCCAGAAUACAUUUACAAGAACUACGACGCCUUCGGCAAGUACGUCAAGAAGAACUCGAAGAUGCUUCUCUCCGCUGCUCCUCAAUGUGUCGUCCCAGACGUCAGAAUCUCGCCGGUCCUCAAGGCUGUUCCCUUUGACUUUAUCUUCACUCAGUUCUACAACACACAUGUGUGCUCUGCUGCCAAGGCGGUCGAUGACAUUAAGAACAAGCAACCGAGCACUUUUACCUUCGACCAAUGGAUCUCCGAGGUCAAGGCCUCAGCGAACCCCAACCUCAAGUUUUACAUUGGAUUGGCCGCAGGUCCGGAUGGCCUCCCCACCCAUAAGGAAGACUACCUCACCCCUGAAGAUGCGAACAUUUUGAUUACGAAGUACAAGACCAACGCCAACUUUGGCGGUGUAAUGCUCUGGGAGGCGUCCGUUUCUGUGAGGAACCCAACAUACGGUCAGUCGUACGGUACAUGGAUGAAGUAUGCUGUUGAGGGUACCUUCGCCAAGAACUACCACCCUGUCGUGUCUUCCAGCACCAGGAUCUCGUCCUCGACUCCUAUCUCGAGCAGCAAGAUUCCUUCCAGCACUCCCACUCCUAGCACCAUGGUCACCAGCAGCAAGGUCUCGUCUUCUGCUUAUGCUACCUCAAGCGCUGCUUCUUCGUCUGCAUAUGUCACCUCCAGCUCCGCUUCCAGCAGCAGCUCCGUAUACGUUCCUUCAAGCUCUUCCGUCGCGGUAUCGUCUUCUGUCGCCAGCAGCAGCUCAGCCUACGUUACUCUCUCUUCCGAGAGCGCCAGCUCCGUUAAGACUUCCAGCAGCACUUUGAUCGAGCCAUCUUCUAUCGCUACGAUCUCAGCGUCCGCCUCCAGCAGCGAGUCAGCCUACGUGCCUUAUCCGACUGAGAGCGCCAGCUCUUUUGAGACCAUUAGCAGCACCAUAAUCGAGUCAUCUUCCAUUGACACCAUCUCUGCCACAAAGGAGGGUAGCUCGGUAUACGUUCCCCUUCCAACUAAGGUGUCCAGCUCUAUCGAGACGUCAUCCGUUGCCACGGCCUCCGCCUCGGAGUCUGCCAGCAGCUCCGUCUACGUUCCUUCCCCGAGUGAGACCCCUGCCUCCAGCGGAGUUUACUCAACAGCCUCAAGCUCCAGCGACAACUACUCUUCCAGCGUAUACUCCGCGACUACCCCCGAGGGUGCCUCUUCCACAUCCUGCAGCACCUCCAGUGUUGCAUACUCCACUGGCACUAGCUCCAGCGAUGUCUACUCGACUGGAUCUUCCAGCAGCAGCGUGUACUCCGAGUCAACCCCUGAGGUCGCGUCUUCCACCCCUUACGCCGAGUACAGCAUGUCGUCCGUCGUCUAUUCAUCUGGCAUCUACUCCACUGCGUCCCCAGUAUACCCCACCUCGACCUACUCCGCCAGCAAGGGAAUGGACUACCCUGCCUACCCUGCCGAGAGCUCCAAGAGCGAUGCUGCUUCCAGCACUGGCUAUGAGAGCGUCCCAUCGGUGACCAAGAAGCCUGAGCACUCCGAGUACUCAAGUGUCCCUACUGGCUCUACCACCACGGUCGUCACCACUACUUACGUCGACGUUUGCCCCACUGGUCUGACCACCGUCACCACCACAUACGUUGCAACCGUCUGCACCAAGUGCGCUGCGAAGCCCACUGGCUCGACCGACGUACCUGAGGGAUGGACCACCAGCGUCUACACUGCCAGCACAGUUACUGUGACUCUCACCAAGCCCAUCGUCACGGCUACAGCCAACGUGCCCGCAUACCCAUCGUCCGCUCCUUCCGUCGCAUACCCUGCGGACUACCCGGCUAAGCCCGUGUCCUCUGGCAAGCCUGCGUACCCUGCCGUCCCUGAGGCGUCUAUGCCCGCAUACCCAGCUGCUCCUGAGUCUUCCAAGGCUGUUGAGUACCCAACUGUUCCAGUAGCCUCCAAGGCUGCUGAGUACCCAUCCGUCCCUGAGGCUUCCAAGGCCGCCGAGUACCCAUCUGCCCCCCAGGAAUCCAUGCCCGCCUACCCUGCCGUCCCUGAAGCUUCAAAGGCUGCCGAAUACCCUGCCAUGCCCGAGGCACCCAAGCCCGCUUCUCCCUCUUCUUCCUCCGCCGCCGCAGCCUACCCCUCCAACUACCCGUCUGCGCCCAUCGCUUCCGAGUACCCCAAGAAGCCCGUCGAAGUGUCGCAAGAAGUCACCAGCACCGUUCACGUCACCCUCACCAAGGUCCCCGUUCCCGCUUACACUCCUGCUCCAUACCCAACAACUGCUGGAGGUGCCGGAGGUGCCCCUUACGUGCCCGCCGGCUCUGCUGGCGUGUACCCUACCGGUACCGGUGCUGGUGCUGGUAAGCCCACCAUGCCUGCGGAGUUCACUGGUGCUGCUAGCCGUGCUGGUGCUGGAUUCAUGAUGGUCGUUGGUGUUGUUGGUGCCGUUUUGGUUUUGUAG